AAAAAAGGUGCCGGAACUCACACACGUCAUACAACCCGCCUUGCCUACCCUACAAGGUUCCAUCCAAAAAAGGAACUCCGUUCUGAGCAUUCUAUGAGAAAAAAAGCUCUGGUUAUUCUUACUUCUUCAGGGCUUUUGCAUUUUACUAUUAUCUCGGCCAAGCAAUGAUUGCUCUCCAGCCUUCAUUUUAUGGAUGCACAAAACCCUCAGUGGAUUUUGCACAGUUUUGUGUGUAACCUGGAUAGCAGAUAAGUGAAGACAGUUGGUUGUAGAAAAUGUUGCCUAUGAAUGAAGUUGCGUUUCUGUUUCUUGCAUGGUAGAUGUAACAUUCAGAACAGAAAUUUGAGCAGAAGAGGUGUCUAUACCUAAAAUAUGGAAGAACCAGCUAGAGGUGUUUUCUUUUUAAUAUGGCUCAUACAGAAAAAAAGUUCAACUUAUUUGAGCUUCUUCUAACCUUGCUCUGAUUUCAGACAUUAGAAUUUUAAAAAUCUUCUUUGAAUUAACCUUGUCUACUCUACUCUACUCAAUUCUAUUCUCAAGUCUUUUUCUUUCCUCUACUUUGUGAAUAAUUUUUGCCCCUGAGACAUGUAGUGGGGUGGAAGGAGAGAGGAAAUGGAUAAACUUGUAUGCUGCAGUUUGAGAUACAUGAGCAACUUUGUUGGAUUCUAUGUAUAAUAUGUAUCUAUUUAAUUUUGCAUGCUGAGUAAGUAAACAGAAAGAAAUCAGCUAUUCUGUCAUUCCUUUCCAUUGUACAAAUUCAAGCAUUGUGUGUAAGGGGAAAAUUACCCAAAAUUAAUGAAAAAGAAAGCGAAGAGUGUGAAUUGCUUGAAAAAAAAUUAUAAUUAGCAAAAAAAUUAAACAUCUAUAUAUUUUUACAAAUGAAAUGAAAAAACUUUUUAAAUACACUUUUAAAAUUUUCAGCCUAACAUAGAACAGAGUGAACAGAAUGUAAGAUUUCCCCCCCCCCCAUGGCAACCAUUAAUAUUUUCUGACUUUUUAAAAAAAAAAUUAAUAGUUUGCCAAAAUCUUCCUUGAAAUUUCUCAAAAGUUUAAUUUCACCACAAAAGGGGUCUUCCAAUUUUCUGACUUGGUCUCAGGACGUUUGAGAAUUUCUUCUGGAUUUCUCUUGGUGGAGUUUAAGCUCAUUCUAUUGCUGGAGGCAGUGGAAAAAAGAAUAUCCUGGGGGUGAGAUUGUUUUGCUUCACAGAUAAAUGAGAGGAAUUUCCUCAAGAUGGCAUCACCUGGGACAUAAUGAUUGAAGCACAGACAACCAGGGAGAUUGCAACUGAUUGGAGAGCUAAUUGUGCAGUGACUGCGCACGCACACACACACAUUCAUCUCAGAAUUAAUAAGAUCAUUCCCCAUCAAUGGGAAAGCAAAUUCUGAAGAAGGGACAGGUCUAAUGUAUGUGGACAACUGCAUGGAGAGCAAUAACCAGACAUCAUUAAGCAUGGGAUUCCUGCUGCUUGGAUUCUCUGACGUGUUCCACUUCCGAGUUUUCUUUUUCUUCAUCCUCCUUGGGUUGCACUUGGCUACCCUUGCAGGAAACCUGCUGAUUCUCUUGGCUGUGUCAGCUGAGCCCUCCCGUCCUCCAAUGCUCUUUUUCCUCUGCCAGCUCUCUGCCAUUGAGCUGUGUUAUACCCUCAUCAUUGCUCCCAAAGCGCUGGCUGGCCUGUUGAGCAGUGGGGAAAGCACCAUUUCUUUUGUGGGCUGUGCUACCCAGAUGCAUUUCUUCGUAGCUCUGGGGGGAGCUGAAUGUUUCCUCCUUGCAGCCAUGUCUUAUGACCGCUAUGUGGCCAUCUGUCAGCCCUUACACUACAUGGCAGUGAUGAACCAAGAGUUCUGUCUUCAACUUUUGGUCAUCUGUUGCCUUGGGGGGUUUGUGGUUUCUCUGGGGCUGACUGUGGCUGUUUUCCACUUGCCUUUCUGCAGCUCCCAUCAUAUUGAUCACUUCUUUUGUGACGUCCCUGCUCUUCUCCACUUGGCAUGCACCAAGAGCUAUAUCAGUGAGCUUCCCCUCCUUGUAGCUUGCACACUCAUCCUGCUCCUCCCUUUCAUCCUCAUUCUUAUCUCUUAUAUCUGCAUCUGCCUUGCUGUGAUGAGGAUCCAUGAUUCCUCUGGCCGAGGUAAGGCCUUCUCCACUUGCAUCUCUCACCUGGUGGUCACAGUCUUGCAUUACGGUUGUGCCACUUUCAUAUAUGUCCGACCCAAGUCUAGCUACUCACCCCGUCGAGAUAAGAUGUUAACCCUUGUCUACACCAACAUUACCCCCCUACUGUAUCCUUUAAUUUAUGGUCUCAGGAACAAAGAAAUCAAAGGAGCUGUGAGGAAGUUAUUGCAAAAAAAGAUUGGGACAUCCAAACUGGAGCAUUUUUAAAAGCUGACCUGCUCAUUUCUGAGGAAGGAAAUUGAGUCCAGCCCAGAAUCCAUGAAAUCAAUAUUUCUUGUAUAUUGGGAAAUCUUGUAUAUUUCUUGUCUAAUGGAAAGAAAACAAAUAAAAAAAAAAACCAAGGCA